AUGCUAAUACAAAAAUAUGACGAAAAACCAAAAUUUGAUAUAGGUAUUUCCCCUCUCUAUUUAAUUUCUUAUCCCAUAUACAAUAUUCAAUGUAGAAGUAUAUUAUACAAAUAUUUGAACGUUAGCAAUGAUCACAUUAAGUACAACCAGCCAAUUUAUGUUAGCAAUUUGAAUAUAAAAACAUAUAUUAUUUAUAUUAUCAAUAGUUUACAACAGAUUUAUAACAAUGAAGGGGUAACGGGAUUAUACAGUGGGUUGGUCCCCAUGCUGGCUCAUCUAGUAUCAAAGAAAUCAAUAUACUAUUUUUUCGAGAACAUUCAUUUUUACAUACUUCAAAAACUUAGAAGGGGGAAAAAAAAAGAUACUAUUGAUAAAAAAAAUACAGCAGUUCGUGAAAGUAGAUUUCUUAGCGAAAAAGAAAAUUCAAAUAAUUUCAUUGGCGACAAUAUGAACUUUAAUAUUGUUAAGCAUAUGAUUUUUGUAAAGGAUGAAAAUGAUUUUGUAAAAAAAAAAAAAAAAAAAGACAAUUUCCAUUUAUCAUUUUAUCAUACUUUUUAUGAAUAUCUUAGCUGUGUAUUAUCAUAUCCGCUACUAAACAUUUCAACAAAAUUAAUUAUUUUUGAAGAUCAUACGAAAUCCUUAUUACAAAACCUAAAAGAUAUAAUUCAUUUUACAUAUGUUUAUGAUGGAAUGCAUGGAUUUUUUCGAGGGAUAAAUAAUUAUUUAAUAAUACAAUCGGUUGAUAAGUUUCUGAAUUGCUUUUUAUAUAAAAAAUUUUCAAAUAAUUGUUCAUACGACAAAGUUCUUACAAUUAAAGUAGUUUUAUCAACAUGCUUAAAUACAAUAAUGGCACCUUAUAUUCACUAUUCGAUAUUGGACAGGUCUCAGUCAUCUAUACCGACCCUUUGUAGGACUAUAACAUUUAACGAGUUUUUUAGUAAUUUUCACUGGAAGAGUCAUCUAUCCAAUGUUUCUGUUGGACUAGCAGUAGCCGGAAUUCAACUAAUAAUUAUUGCUUUAAUGCCAAAAGACGCCUCAAAAAAUGACGAACUAGUUGAUCAGGAACCAGACGAAUAUGUUUGA